UACUGGUCUUUGGUUUGGAGGUCGAGUGAUAUCCAUCUUUUAAUGAGCUUUCUUUGAGUUAUCUGGGUUAAUUAAAUUAAUGAUUUGUACUGUUGUGCUUCUCUUACAUUGAUUGAUAUAUAAUUUUCUUGACUUUUUCCUAUGUAUUUGGUAUGGUGCUUGCUUUUUUAUUUCCUAUGUUUGUUUUGUCUUGUGCAUUUCUAGGGUCCAGUAGAUUAGUUUUAGUAGUUUUAUUUGUUUUUUUUUUUGGUGUGUUUCAUUUUCUUGUCUGAGUAAUGGCCCUUGAGCUUAUGUUGUGUUGUAUUCUACUUUGUUUUAAUGAAUUAAGUGUGUGGCCUCUGUCUAGGAAAAUACCAUUUUAAAUUAAAAAAAAAAUCCAACACAGAUGUUUGAAAAGUGCACUCAUCUAUCGAGUCCACGUGCCUAAGAUGAUGCAAUUUGCAAGUUUCUUCUCUUUUUCCACUUGUUGCCCCUGUUUUGCAUUAUGAGUGAAAUCUGAAGAAAAAAAAAGGGGGGGUUUAUUCAAGCAAAAGAUGGCAGAGAUAUCUGAAGGAAAAAAAAAAGGGGUUUUAUUUAAGCAAAAGAUGGCAGAGCUAUCCUUAUGAAUUUAUAUAUGUAUAUAUAUAUAUUGUCUUUAGAUCUUUGCUUGCUUGUUGAAUUAUUGACUUCACACAGCUUGUUGGUAUGUAGUUUAUCAUCAAAAAUUGCCUAUUCAUUUGUUGACUUGUUUAGUUCUAAGAAGUCGUUUGCACCAGGUUUUUAGGCAUUAUAUUGGCAGCUUGUUCAUACUCUUGAGGCUGCUCAAACAAACCUGCUCCUCCCGGGGCAGUAUUGUAAUUUGUUAACUGAGCUAAUGAAGUUUUUUUUUUCUUUUCCAUCCUCGCAGCUCUAAGGAGAUUUUCCUUUGGUCACAACAAUCAUCUCAAGUUAAUUGUUGUAGCAUAUUGGAAGCAUACUGGGUCUCCUUUGAGUUCCCUGCCUUCUUUGGCUCAUAUAAGAAGUCCAAGUAGUGUUGUUCCAUCUCAGAUUGGUCCAAUAUCGAGAGUUGGCACUGACAGCUCGUCUUUUGUUCGAGAUGGAAGGGUCUGCAAUAGUAACCCUUUUGCUACUUCUGGAUUGGCCCGAUCCUUUGGCAUCGACUCCUUUUGGAUUGGCCCGAUCGUCAUCAUGGCUUGAUAUGAAUGGAGGAGUCUGCAAUGAAGACACAGAGUGUGUUGGUUUUGCUAGAAUUGGAAGUGAAGAUCAGAUCAUUGUGGCUGGUACAAUGAAGCAACUUCAAUUGCAUGUUUUUUUCCUAUCAAAUAGUAAUGUAGGAGUGUGCAACUACUCAAAUUUUGAUGUGUUAUUAUGUAAAAAAUUAAACUCUUCAAUAUUUUGUGCUGAAAGUAGUAACUUUUCAAUAUGUUGAAUACUUAAGACUACUUGAAUACUUAAAGAACAUUUUGUUGUUG